AUGGCCCGUACCAGCCCCACCGGUUUCGACCUCAACGAAUUCAAGGCCGCCGCCCACCCCCGGUCGACCUGGGCCAAGAAGGACCCCUGGGCUCGCUACGAGGCAUGGAGAUACACCGGCCCCUUCAGCCGCUUCAACCGCUUCAGGAACAUCUUCCCCGGCCUCGGCAUCGCCACCGUCGCCUUCGCCGGCUACUGCGCCUACGAGGCCGUCUUCCUCAAGGAUGACCACCACCACGGUGGCCACCAC